UUAUUCGAGCAUUUACGGUAUACGGGAUUGCCAUAUUUUUAAAAUCUUUACCCCAGUUUUUCACAUUAUUUAUUUUAUAUAUUUCCCUCUAAGUUUGAAAAUACAUAUUUCUAAAUCCAAUCCAAUUAAAUUUUCCACAGCAAUACUUAAUAAAUUUUUCAAAAUUUUUAGUUGAACUCAAUGGACCGAAAAAUGGAGACUACAACCAAAAUACUUCAGUAUUUUUUUAUUAAAAUUAAUUCAUUAUUGUUUUUUUGCAGGAAUCUCUAUCGAGUAAUUCAACAAAAUAACAAUCAAGACCUAUAUAAACGUACAUUAAGUCCUGUACCGUCUGCAACGAGUGAAGUACUUGAUAAUUCUUUUGUAGGAUCAAAAGGAGGAAAUACAAGAAGAGCUUCCGAACUGUCUGUUUCAGUCCUCGGAUUGCAUCAACGUCGAAAAUCAGAAUUUUUAUUACCGAUUGAACCACCACUUUCACCAAUUACGUUCUAAAAAUUCUAAAUUUGACACCUCACUUAAAUUCAAUCAUUUAAUUAAACGAGUUAAAAAUAAUUUGCUCAUUCCAUUUAUUAACUUUUAUUAUAAACAAAUAUUAUACUGU